UCUCUUGGUUAAAUAGCUGAGAUUUAGUGCCGAGUAGUUGCUCUGGGAAGCUGGAUGUCUACGUCGCGGAAGAGUGCGUUUGUCACAUAGCCGAGAUAUAUAGAUAUUGUCGGUAGGGUGUAGCAAAAUUCGUUGAGAAAGCUACAGACGGAAAAUACGAAGAUGUGUAAACAUGUUUACAGUCGUCGGCCGCAACCAAGAAGACACAGUAGUUCGAAACUGUUUGGAAGUUCCUCUUCCUGCUCGCCAGCGAAUCUAAUUAAAAUACCGCGUGCGCGCUCGAAGGGUGACUCCUGGUGGCGACGCUGUCGAUGCCGGCAAACCUGCCUGCGCUGGGAAAACCUAGUGAUGCUGCCGAUGGCUCUGAUCACGCUGAUGGUGGGAGACGAGCGGGUAACCGACCACCCAGUCCAGGAGUGGUCGAGUCUGCGCGCUGCGAUCCACGUCGUUACCCACUGGAAUGCUGCGAACUGUGCGGGUUUCGAUACGGGGGCCAGGCUUGCUUUGAUUUCUUCAAAGAGAAGUCACCCCGCACUGUGGGAACCUUCUACCACUGUCAGACAGCAUUUAAACCUUUGCGCCUGGGGAGGAAUAAACUUCGAGCGUUGGUGUGUACGGCUAGUUUUACAGGACAGCCUCGCUUCCUCCAGCCUGGACCAGAGUUCAGCUAUUCCCACUAGGCAAUUUCUUGGACUGCCCUGUAUAGACGCUCACGAAUUCCAGGCGCAAACGUCUCCUCGAUUACUCCUCGUGAAUUCGAAAACACUCGACUUCCCAAUUCAAUUCUGUAAACUAGUUUUGUCUUCGAUCGUGAGUCUGGUUCGAGUUUGUUUAAAUUAUUGGCGCAUCCGGCCCGAAUAGAAAUUCUUGUCAGAAAGGUAUUACAUUUUCAUACGAACUACAGUCUAAUUGCGUCAUAGAUAAUUCAAAAAUUCAUUACUUCCAGUGUUUUAAUUACCGUCCGAAUAAUCAACUGGAAAUUGGAUCUUGAUAUAGUUUCCACGUUUGGCCGGCUGCAGUCAUAGGAAAUUUGGACACGCAAAUUGCAGAUGCAGUCACUUUGUACCUGGUGAAUUUGGAUUCGCGUAAUAUAUCAGGAUACCAAACAGUGCAAUUAUACGUCAGUUCGUUUUACUACGUGUUAACGCUUCGGUCUAGCUUUACUAAUUUCAGGUACAGUCAAGUCAAUUACACCAAUGAUAAUGACAAGAGUAAGGACGAUGGAAAAAAUUAAUUUACCUAAUAAUAAUUUAUUUUUUACCUUCCUCGAAUAAUCACCUUAGUUCGAAUAAUCGACCGUUUCUAUAAUUAAGUUUUUUUUUUUGUUGUUUCGGGAAAAUAUGAAAAGGGUAUGAUUUAACAAACAAAAAUAAAUGCAGGCUCGUUUGUUUUUCGGAA